GAAAGAGGUGUAUCUGUAACUAUUUAUUGUACCGUUCCGAAGCAGGCUGGGCUCGUCUGACGCAGAUCAUCUCUCUCCGGGCAGUUCAGAAGGAGUCUUCAAGGAUUUAGCCUCAAGAUGUCGAAAGAUGUCCCACGUGAGCCAGAGCAGCUCCGCAAGCUGUUCAUCGGAGGUUUGAGCUUCGAGACAACAGACGAGAGCCUGCGGGCUCAUUUUGAGCAAUGGGGGAGCCUUACAGAUUGCGUGGUCAUGAGGGAUCCCAACAGUAAGAGAUCCAGGGGCUUUGGCUUUGUUACAUACUCAUCAGUACAAGAAGUUGAUGCUGCCAUGAGUGCUCGCCCCCAUAAGGUCGACGGAAGAGUGGUAGAGCCUAAACGCGCUGUUUCCAGGGAGGACUCAAACCGGCCAGGUGCCCAUGUAACAGUCAAAAAGAUCUUUGUUGGAGGCAUCAAGGAAGAUACAGAGGAGUCGCACCUGCGGGAUUACUUCCAGCAGUUUGGUAAAAUUGAGGUUAUUGAUAUCAUGACUGAUCGUAAUAGUGGAAAGAAGAGGGGCUUCGCCUUUGUCACCUUUGAUGACCACGAUUCAGUCGACAGAAUUGUCAUCCAGAAAUACCACACAAUAAACUCUCACAACUGUGAAGUGAGGAAGGCCCUUACAAGGCAGGAAAUGCAGAGUGCAGGAAUGGGGAUGAGAGGUCGCAACAGUGGCGGAAGGCCCUAUGACUAUGACAGAGGCUUCAAUCAGGGUGGCAGGGGUCGAUAUGGAGAUGGCCCUUACAAUUGCAAUGGAGGUGAUGGUGGCUAUGGAGGUGGUCCUAGCGGACCUGGUGGAUAUAAUAAUGGUGGCAACCGUGGUUAUAACCAAGGUUACAACCAAGGUGGAGGCGGAGGCUAUGGAGGAAACGGUUAUGACAGCAACGGUUAUGGCAACUGUGGUGGUGGAGGCGGUGGUGGAGGCGGCGGCGGUAACUACAAUAACAUGGGCCACUACGACCCCCAGGCCUCUAACUUUGGCCCAAUGAAGAACAACUUUGGUGGCGGCGGCGGUGGUGGCAGGAACUUUGGUGGCUAUGGAGGUGGUUCAAAUAAUGGUGGAUAUGGCCGUCCAGGACGAUUUUGAAAUGUGAAGUGGACUGAGUACUUAGGAGAGGAGAGCAAGGAGAGGAGAGGAAGCGAAGUGACAGGGCAGCUGCAGGUUUACCUCCUAAAUCUGCUCAGCCAAACAGUUGUGGCAGGUUACAGCUGCUGCAAGAAGAGAUGUACAGUAGAUAAAAUCAUGGAGGGUCUUCAUUUAAACGUUUUUUUUUUUUCAUCAAAAUGUGUUUCUGGAAAGCAAGCAUUCCUGAGGUUUUAUGUAGAUUUUUCUUUAAGUCUGGUUUUUAUUUGUAACUGCAUCAAAUCAAGCUGAAAUAAACCAUCUUUCAGUUUUUUUUAAAAAGUCUUCUUAGCCUCUUCAGUGGUCUGGGAAAGGGAGGGUUCACUAUUAGAUGCUGCACGAAGCGUGAGAGUGUGUGUGUGUGUUUGGGGGUGUCUUAUUUUACAUAUCGUGAGCAGUCUGGAAAGGCCCAUUUCCUUGAGACAUGCAAAAUGCCCUACACUAGUCACGACAUACUCCAUGAGUCAUAAGUCAACGCAUUUAAAAUGCCAAUACAAUACUACGGGUUGAGGGAUGAGAAGUGGUGUGCAAAUACAAUCAUCAUAAAGAGCCCAUCACUUGGUACAGACUCUACCCUGAGUUCUGCAAAGAUCAUCUGGAGGAUGCUAGCUUACAUGCAAAGUCUUUGAGGCUAGCCAUGGAAGCCAGCUGAGGGAGAGAAGUAGCAAAACCAUCGCCAGGAUCAUUGAAGCAGGGGAGAGUGAGAACAGAAGCCUGAGGCUAGCAGGCAGCAGCUACCAAAAGGCUUAAAUGCUGUCUGUAGGUAUCUACACAUGGUCUCCAAAAACCUAAUUUCAUUUCAAUGACAAUGGCUCAUUUGGGUUUACUUGAACAAUCAUGCUGGUGCUGAAGACUUUUUACCUUUUUAACUGCUGUGCAGUGGGUUUUUAAUGUUUUUUGUCUUUUUUUUUAAAAUAAAGUAUUUUUUACAAAGUA